GGGGGGAGGGGAGCGGAGCAGGCCGCGCGCGCUCGCGCCCCGCCGCCCGGCCCGGGCUGUGAUUGGUGCAGGCCCGGACCCAGCAGAGCCGAAUGCCAGGCCGCGGCGGCGGCGGCGUCCUGCGGCCCGAGCCGUGUCCCCCCGCCCGGGCCCCAGCCUGCGGUGCGGCCGCCCGGCGCGGGGACCCCGCACAGUUACUUGUGAAUGAACUUAGCUGAAUAUGGAUCCAGGUGGUGGAAGUCUUGGAUUGCAAACGCAAGAAUCCAAAAUGCCUCACACUAUGAUUAUGCAGGAUUUUGUGGCUGGAAUGGCUGGCACUGCUCAUAUUGAUGGAGACCAUAUUGUUGUAUCAGUCCCCGAAGCUGUCCUAGUUUCUGAUGUUGUUACCGAUGAUGGAAUAACUCUUGACCACGGCUUAGCAGCUGAAGUUGUCCAAGGACCUGACAUCAUCACUGAAACUGAUGUUGUAACAGAAGGUGUAAUUGUUCCUGAUUCUGUUUUGGAAGCUGAUGUUGCUAUUGAAGAAGCUUUAGAUACCAGUGAUCAUGUUUUGACUUCUGAUCUAAUAACAGAAACCGUUAGAGUUCCUGAUCAGGUUUUUGUGGCUGACCUCGUUACGGGUCCUGAUGGACAUUUGGAGCAUGUGGUGCAAGACUCUGUGUCAGGAGCCACCUCACCCACAAUGGUUUCAGAAGAAGUUCUUGUAACGAACUCAGAUUCUGAGACAGUCAUUCAAGCAGCUGGUCCUGUUCCUGGCUCCACAAUGACUAUAAAAACAGAAGAUGAUGAUGAUGGCAAGAGUACGUCUGAAGACUACUUAAUGAUAUCUUGUAAGUUAAACAAAGUGGAUGAUGUUGGAGAAAAAUUGGACCAUAUAGGAAGCACUCCCUUAAAAAUCAGUACCGAGGUGGCAAACGAUGAUGUUGCUAAAGAUGAUGGGUUUGGUUCAGAAGUUAUCAAAGUGUACAUAUUUAAAGCUGAAGCUGAAGAUGAUGUUGAAAUAGGUGGGACAGAAAUUGUCACGGAGAGUGACUUCCACAAUGGACAUUCUGUAGCUGGAGUAAUUGAACAAGGAGGUGUUGGUAGAAUGCAACGAGAAAAAAUGGUUUACAUGGCUGUUAAGGACUCUUCCCAGGAAGAUGAAGAUAUCAGCUGUGCUGAAAUAGCAGAUGAAGUUUAUAUGGAAGUUAUUGUAGGUGAAGAAGAAGCUACAUCACUUCCAGACACACAGAUUGAAGACUCUGGCGUCAAUAAAACUUUUGUCCCUGUUGCUUGGGCUGCUGCUUAUGGAGAUGAAAGAAGGGUACCCAGAAGAUACGAAGAUGGUCAAGCGGCAGGAAAUAACUUGGAUACACGAUUAGAAAACAAAAACGGUAAUGCAACACAGUACCUGCAGAUUUGUGAUAGCAUUAGCACUAAUAGAGUGCUCAAACAAAAAACCAAGAAAAGGAGGAGAGGAGAGGCCAGGCAAUGGCAAACAGCUGUUAUAAUAGGUCCUGAUGGACAGCCCCUAACAGUUUACCCUUGUCAUAUUUGUGGGAAAAAAUUUAAGUCCAGAGGAUUCUUGAAAAGGCACAUGAAGAACCAUCCCGAUCACAUGAUCAAGAAGAAGUACCAGUGUACAGACUGUGACUUUACAACCAACAAAAAAGUAAGUUUCCACAAUCAUCUGGAAAGCCAUAAACUUAUAAAUAAAGUUGAUAAAACCCAUGAGUUUACAGAAUACACAAGAAGAUACAGAGAAGCAAGCCCCUUGAGCUCUAAUAAACUCAUACUGAGGGACAAAGAGCCUAAACUGCACAAGUGCAAAUAUUGUGACUAUGAAACUGCAGAGCAGGGACUACUCAACAGGCAUCUGCUUGCAGUUCACAGUAAAAACUUCCCUCACGUGUGUGUGGAGUGUGGGAAAGGAUUCCGUCACCCAUCAGAGCUGAAAAAGCAUAUGAGGACCCACACUGGGGAAAAGCCAUACCAGUGUCAGCACUGUGUCUUCAGGUGUGCUGAUCAGUCCAACCUGAAAACCCACAUCAAAACCAAACACGGGACUGAUCUGCCCUUUAAAUGCGAGCACUGUCCCCAGGCCUUCACAGAUGAGAAAGAACUGCAGCAGCACACAGAGUUAUUCCAAGGGCAUAAGACUCACCAGUGUCCACAUUGUGACCAUAAGAGCACCAAUUCAAGUGACCUGAAGCGACACAUUAUUUCAGUGCACACAAAGGAUUUCCCCCACAAGUGCGAGGUCUGUGAGAAAGGUUUCCACCGCCCGUCUGAGCUCAAAAAGCAUAGCGAGACCCACAAAGGUAAAAAGGUCCAUCAGUGUAGGCACUGUGACUUCAAAACCUCAGAUCCUUUUGUACUUAGUGGGCAUAUCCUCUCGGUUCACACCAAGGACCUGCCUUUUAAAUGCAAAAGAUGUAAAAGAGGAUUUAGGCAGCAAACUGAACUGAAGAAGCACAUGAAGACCCACAGCGGAAGGAAGGUCUAUCAGUGCCAGUAUUGUGAGUACAGCACCACGGAUGCCUCGGGCUUCAAGCGGCACGUCAUAUCCAUACACACAAAAGACUACCCACAUAGGUGUGAGUAUUGCAAAAAGGGAUUCCGUAGGCCAUCUGAAAAAAAUCAGCAUAUAAUGAGGCACCACAAAGAGGCCAUCAUGUAAAAUACCAUCUCCAGAAGGAAGCAAUUUAGGAACUGUGAUAUGCUAAUUGGGGGAAAAAAAAAAAAGAAAAUCUCAUGAACUGUUUCUCCUGGUUUCAAAGCUUGAUAUUAAAUCAUAACUUUACAUUCUUUGUAUUAAAAGUCUUAAAAGUAUUAGGGUUGACAGGGGAUCUCAUAGCCCUAUGAUUGUUGCUUAUCAGAACCUGAAGAGCACUAUGGAAUGCAGAAGGAUGGAUGAAUGUCUUAAAUUUGCAGAAAGAUGGAUGAAUGUCUUCAGAGUAAUAGUGUUACACAUUGUUAAGCUAGAGAAGACACAGCGAGGUGAUUGUGUUGCCGUCGUGUCAGUAACAGCACUUGUCUCCAAUGGGAAAACAGUUCAGCUACGUGGUGGGGUGAUCUACAACCAAGUCUAACUUGUGCAGUUCAAGAGGGGAGUGUUAGUCAGUCACUUGAUCAUAGCGGUUUUAAAUCGUGCCUGGAACUUGAAUUCCAGAACUGGUCAAAUUUAGAGGGGUGGGGGGGGGGUUGUCUUUUUUUGUUUUUGUUGUUGUUUGGUUGGUUUCUGUUUUCAUUUUGUUUCGUUUUUCUAAAGCAUUUCACUGGGGAAACGUUUUUGUUUCCUUUAUUAGUUUAGGUCCAACAAGUACGUUUGUAACGGUUUUCAAAGCUGCUAACCUAUUCUAUUGCAGGAUAUGAUGUUUGAGAUAGAGCAUUAUGUUAUGAUCUCAAAGGUGGUGUUCUGGUGCUAGAGUUAAAGAUGUCUAUGUAUAUAAUUUCCCUUUUUUACCUGAAACUGCAGUUGAAUGUUGUUCAGUAUGGCACAUAUACCGAAAUUAACUUUUGAAUUUGACUUUUUUUUUUUCUUUUUUUAAGGAUAAAAUGGAUGCAGCUCAAAGUGUUGGGGCUCAACACUGAUCUUUUUUCUCACUACUUUAAAAUCUUCUCUAAAAAAGAAUACGAAAAACAAAGCUGAAAAGCAUUAGGGGUUUUUAAUUCAAAUGCAAAGUACUUAGGAGUUCUUUAGGGCGGUGUUCUUAACAGGUAUGGCUGUUGUUGUCCUACUUCCUAAUAGGAAAUUUUCAAUAGAGACAUAAAAUUGCACCUUUUAAUCAAUUCUUUAAUGGAAAAACAGAAAGAGUAAUGUAUACCAUACUAUAACUGUGCAUUUUCAAUCUGUAAAGAAAGUAUAUAUGCAGUAUUUAACCAGAGAAGUACGCUGCCACUAGAGUUUGGAGGUGGAUCUUCAGUUUCCAGUGUAUCCAUUGCAAAUAUGCAUCCCUUGAAACAAUGCUUUGUGUUAGCAUGCUGCAAAUCAAAUGGCGCUUAAUAUAACAAGCUGGUCUAGGGCUAUUUAAUGAAAAACCUGUUCAUAACUGUUAUGCAUAUAAUGUGUAUUUUUUACUUUUUUUAGUUGCUUCAUGUUUGCACACAGCUGUUCACAUGAUAAAUUGUACCUUCAUGCUAUAUUGUGGCUUUGUGUUUCAGAUAAUGUUCAUAUUUUGGUUUUCUUUGGGUUUUUUGCUUUGGGUUUGGGUUGUGUUUUGUUGGGUUGGUUUUUUUUUUUGCACCAGAUGAGAAUCAGUUCCUUGAGAAUAAUUUUUUUUUUAUAUAUAUAUAUAUUUCUAAACUUCAGAAAGUUGAAUUUGGGAAAUCUCUUAGGAAAAACUACGUGGUUUAUGUGGCUGUAAAAACUGAUGUACACGCUGUAAAAUAAGAUUGUCACUGUUAUGUGGGAUUAUUAUUUCUAAAUGUGUUACUCAUCGUAACGGGCAUACAAUAAAACGCAUCUCUUGCACUCCAAA